GGGCGUUUCUAAAUUCUAAGCAGCGGAGGGGACGGACCUACACUGAACAUGGACGGGAAAAGAGAAACCCAAGUUGUGCAGUGAAUGUCAAAAUAACGGCCUUUUAAAGGAAACACACGAUCAGGAUCGAGCAGCUGGCAGGAUAAAGACGCAGCGACAUCCUGCACUUCUGGCAUCUGGACAGAAAAACCCCAUUGGUGAUUGGUGUGGACCGGGAUCAGACCUGCCUUUGUUGUGACGAAGGAGCGUCGCUCUCAUGUGGGAAGCACUCUGAGCUCCUGUGAUUGUGAUUGCAUUCGAAGCAUCCAGCUGUAACCACAAGUACUGCAACCAAGCAGCAGCAGCAGCAGCCUGCUCUCAUCAAUAUUUAAAAGCUUCCUAAUGGCUACUGUUGUUUCGUUCUAAUUUAUGACUGGGCCCUGAAGCCAUUACCACUUUAUAUCAGAUUUACAUGCUGCAGUGCUUUAUACAGUCUAAGAGCUGUUGAUGCAAUAGGCCGCAGUUGCCUCUUUAAUAACUGACACAUCUUUGCAUCUUAUUGUGGUUCCAAAAAAAAAAAAGAAAUCCAGCAGAGAGUGACAGUUGACCCUGCGCUGUUAACCCCACAAGCUCAGGAUGGCAGAGGGGCACCUAUACGCCACAGGCGCGGCGGCCAGGCUGAGGAGCCAGUGGGAUCGUGAACAAGGUCUGGGACAGAACCACAAUGCAGUGAAGUUUCUGGGUCAGGACUUUGAGUCUCUGAGAGCUCAGAGCCUGCGGAGCGGGAGGCUCUUCGAGGACCCGCUCUUCCCCUGCGCUUCAUCGUCCCUGGGCUUCGACGAGCUCGGCCCGAGAUCCUCCAAAACCCAAGGAGUCCGCUGGAUGAGGCCCACGGAGUUCUGCAAACGGCCUGAGUUCAUCGUAGAUGGAGCUACUCGCACAGACAUCUGUCAGGGAGCUCUGGGGGACUGCUGGCUGCUGGCGGCCAUCGCCUCGCUGACCUUAAACGACGACCUUCUCCACAGAGUGGUUCCUCAUGGUCAGGGCUUCCAGCAGGGAUACGCCGGCAUUUUUCACUUCCAGUUCUGGCAGUUCGGUGAGUGGGUGCAGGUGGUGAUCGACGACCGGCUGCCUGUGAAGGAUGGAAAGCUGCUGUUUGUCCACUCAGCAGAGGGAACCGAGUUCUGGAGUGCGCUGCUGGAAAAGGCCUACGCCAAGUUGAAUGGCUGUUAUGAAGCUCUGUCAGGCGGCAGCACAUCAGAGGGAUUUGAGGACUUUACAGGCGGCGUGACGGAGAUGUACGAGCUGAGGAAAGCCCCCCCGGACCUCCACAGCAUCAUCGGCAGAGCUGUAGACAGAGGAUCACUGCUUGGCUGCUCCAUUGACGUCUCCGGCUCAUUUGACAGGGAGGCCGUCACGUUCAAGAAGCUGGUGAAGGGACACGCCUACUCUGUGACUGGUGUGGACGAGGUGGUGUACAGAGGAAAUAUGACAAAGCUGGUUCGCAUCAGGAACCCAUGGGGGGAAGUGGAAUGGACUGGAGCCUGGAGCGAUAACUCCAGAGAGUGGGACAGUGUGGAUCGCUCCGUCAGAGGUCGCCUACAAAACCGCAGCGACGACGGAGAAUUCUGGAUGUCGUUCAGCGACUUCCUGCGUGAGUUCAGCCGUCUGGAGAUCUGCAACCUGACGGCCGACGCCCUGCAGAACAGCCAGCUGAAGAAGUGGAGCUCGUCGCUGUAUCAGGGCGAGUGGAGGAGAGGCAGCACUGCUGGAGGCUGCAGGAACUUCCCAGCAACUUUUUGGCUGAAUCCUCAGUUCAAGAUUGACCUGCAGCAUCCAGACUCUCCCGGCCAAUCAGACUGCAGCUUUUUGGUUGCUCUCAUGCAAAAGGACCGCAGGAAGAAACGGCGAGAAGGCAAAGACAUGGAGACCAUCGGGUUCGCCGUCUACGAGGUUCCGAAUGAGUUUUCAGGGAGGUCGGGAGUUCACCUCAAGCGAGAGUUUUUCCUCACCCACGCCUCCAGCGCUCGCUCAGAGCUCUUCAUCAACUUGCGGGAGGUCAGCUCGCGGUUGCGGCUGCCGGCUGGCGAGUACAUCAUCGUCCCCUCCACCUUCGACCCGCACAAAGAGGCCGACUUUGUCCUCAGGGUUUUCUCCGAGAAGCCUGCCAACUCUGAGGAGCUGGAUGAUGACGUUAUCGCGGAGCUUCCAACAGAGGUUCGUGUAGAUGAGAGCCAGAUCGACGCAGGCUUCAAGAGUCUCUUCCGGCAGCUGGCAGGAGCGGACAUGGAGAUCAGCGUGGCGGAGCUGCAAACUAUUCUGAACAGGAUCAUCAGCAAACACAAGGACCUGAAGACAGACGGCUUCACAAAAGAAGCUUGUCGCAGUAUGAUAAACCUCAUGGACAACGAUGGCAGCGGUAAGCUGGGCCUGGUAGAGUUCCAUGUCCUCUGGGAAAAGAUUAAACGAUACCUGACUAUAUUCAGGCAGUUUGACCUGGACAAAUCGGGCACCAUGAGCUCCUACGAGAUGAGGAUGGCUCUCGAAUCUGCAGGUUUCAAGCUGACCAACCACCUGUUCCAGCUGAUCAUCCUGCGAUACACGGAGGACGACAUGGCGGUCGACUUUGACAACUUUGUCACCUGCCUGGUCAGACUGGAAACCAUGUUCAAAACCUUUAAGACCAUGGACACAGAUGCAGACGGGCAGAUAUCCCUAAACUUCGUUCAGUGGAUCACCCUGACCAUGUUUGCCUAGAGACCAGCGGACUCCUCUGUAGCUGUCGCGCUGCAUCCUCCUGCAGCUCCAGGCCCAGUUAUCUCUUGUUUUCAGAAGUGCCUUUCCUCUUCCAGCUCUUCCUCUUCUUCAUGCUGCUUGGUGCUGAGGCCAUCUGACGCUUUAAAAAAAAAAAAAGAAAGAAAAAAAAAAAACACCUGCAGAUUCAUCUUUACAGUGCCUGUUUUGGAAUCGUGUGCCAAUCCGUCAUUUGCCGCUUCUCGUUGCCUGGCUGUUCGCUCUGUGAUAGCUCUGACAGCGAGACAAUACAAAGGUUUCUUCAAGGCAGAGCGAAUCUGGAGGCAGAAAUUAAUCUAGUGUUUAGAUUUCAGUUUGACAAAGUAACUUCUGUUAAAUAUAAACUGGAAAUAAACAAGUCAAACCUUUUUACGUUUACUCCUUAGCCAAGCUGUAGUCAAAGUUGAAAGAAAGACCAAACUUAAUGUAAAAAAAAACCCCUAAAUUAAUAAAUGGAAUAGGGGACAAUAAACACUACAUCAGUAAUUGCAAAAAAAAUUAGGAUGAACUGGUCAUCAUCAUCUUGUCUCUUCAGCAGAAUCAGCCUGGUUUAUCUGUUCUAUUAUCUAUUAUUCUAUUAGUUUCUGUUCGUCUUUCAAGUAGGACUUCAACAAAGGAUUAUUUUCAUUGUAGAUUAUUUUCUCCAUUACAUAUUUGGUCUAUAAAAUGUUUCCCAGAGCCCAAGAUGACGACCUCAAAAUGUCUUGUUUUGUGUACAAACCCAAAGAUAAUCCGUUUACUGUCAUCGAGGAGGAAAGAAACCAAAAAUAUUCACAUUUAAGAUGUUUGAAUCUGAGAAUUUCUGUUUUUUUAAGUAACAACAAGCUCAAACCUGUUCAUGAAAAUAAGCAAGUUGAGAGCUGAUCGAUUUAUUGAAUCGUCGCUGCAGCUCUGAUGUUCCAUCUUUGGUUUACUUGCAUCACAAUCGUGUUUUUUUCUGACCACUGCUCUGUAGCUGAACCAAGAACUUUUGCCUCCACUGUGGGAAUCUUGAGUCAUGGUUUUGCCUCUUUCAAGUUGGUCAAAUUUCUGAAUUCCUUCUUAUCAGGACUGACCAUGAAUGAUGACUCAUUAGAGAUUCAAGUUUAUAUUCAAAUUUCUACUUCAUAAGCACUCAGUUGGAACCGAUACAUUCAACUGCAGAAGUCAAUCAUUUGUGCUUGAGGACAAUCUUCUGGGAACUGCUCUUGAAGCCGCUGCCUGUCAGUUAUCACAGCCUCGGUGCCAAAUGUGGUCCAAGUGGAGAGCUGCUGAGUGUUCGGCUUGUUCUGCAGCCCACUCCAUGUAACAUUCAGUAUACACGAAUGUGAGUAUAAAUCUCGAGCAGGUCCUCGCAGCAGCACUGCUGGCCUGACAUUUUCUGUUUACAUCUUGUGCCAAACUUUGCUUUCACCUCAGCACUGAGGGCUCAUGAAGCUUUACUGGGCCCCUGCAGUUUAUGCAGAGACGAUGGCGGUGUACUGUAUCGUAUAGAAUGUGUUCUAUAAAUCUACUCCUGCAUCAUACAUACCGGCUUAUCAUUAUGCAUGGCACUUUUUACAGACUUGUUUUAAAGAAUAUGAAAAAAAAAACAAAAAACACACAUUUUACCUUUUAUGCUUUUAUGUAAUUUUUGGGAACUGGAUUUCAUCAUAAAAAGGGAUGUGUCAGCCUUGUUUAAUCUGUUCUUUCAUCGGGAACAAGAUGUCAAUAUUUUAAGGGAAGGCAAACAAUUAUGCAAGAGGGAUGGCUACGUUGUGUGCAUGCAUUGUGAAAUGUGACAUGUUCUCUGCUUCCUAUACCUUCUGCUCUAGUGUGGGGAGCAAGAGUUGUAUUUGAAGAAUAGUAUUCCAUGUAUGAGGGUCUACAAGAAGUCAAAAGACAAAACUGUCUCUUCUGCCAAUUAUUCUUCAAUCAUUUUUUUUGUCUUACAUAAAUGGAAGAAUUGCUUAACAUCAAAUGUGACUGCCAAAUCCAGUUUGUUGCAGAGUAACGCUUAUGUAACGUUGUGUAAUGUUUACAAUAGCAACAUUCUUGGUUUCUUUGAACCCGUUCAUCAUGCAACACAUGGGUUUACUGUGCGGCUUUCUCUGUCCGACCUAUACACACUUUGAGAAUAAACAUCAGGAGGUUUUUAUGAAUCUCUGAAUUCAU